AUGCAUACAAGAACGGCUGAGAACAAGCUAGUUUACAAGACACGAUUGGCUCUUCCGACGGACUACGAGAGAGUGAUGACUUUCAUGAGUGACGCAUUCUAUAAGGACGAUCCAACCAUGGUGAACAUAGGUUUGGACAAAGAGGAACCCUCGCCGUCUUUGCUAAAAAUCAUGUACGACGAGAUCCGCGAGGGCAUGACAAUAAUUGCCGAAGGAGGGGACAACUGCAUCAUAGGUGCCGCGGUGAACGCCGGCUCUUGUCCUUGGGAUCCCGACAAGUUCGUCGAGUUGGCUAGGUGCUGCGAAUGCGGGCCAGCCCGCGACGUGAUCGAGUUCGAUGCUUACGUGACCUGUAAGCCGAAUCUCUGGGAGCACUAUUGCGUUCUCAAGAUUUUCGAGUGCAGCUAUCUCGCGGUCAGACCGGAUGUCCGGAACCAGGGUAUUGCUAGAAAGCUCGUGCUAGAUAGCUGGUAUCUCGCGCGCGAUUGCGGCUAUCGAUUGUUCCGUGUUGACUGCAACAAUAGAUAUAUUGCACGGAUCGCAAAAGGUUUCGGUUGGAAACGAGUAUGCACAAUACCGUUUAAUGAAUAUGCAAAGGAUGGCGAACUUGUUUUUAAAUACAUUACAGAACCACAUACCGAAGUACAAAUAUACAUUGAUCAAGUUACGGCUUGCAAAGAUUAUUGUCCGUUUCAUAAGAAAUGUGAAAAGAUAACAUCAGCGCCAAAAAUAGACAAGGACUGUUAAUACUGUCUUAAGAAUUAAUCUACAUAUCCCUAACGUGCUCUAUCAAUAAAACAUUAAUAAAUAUUUUAUAGAAAUGUUAUACUCGGUGGAAAAUAUUUUUACCAUAAAUCUAAUGUGUUUCUCGUGUUCGAACUAUAUUGUGAAAAUGACUUGUAAGGAAAUUUAUACAUUAAAAAAAUAAUGUAAUAUUCUUCAUACGACUCCAAAUUACUAAAAAAAAUCUAGUUCAAUAAUUAAUGGUUGCAUGUACUCUUUAUCUUCAUGUGCAAAAAAUAAACAGAUAAUAAAUUAUAAUAAAAAAGUAUACCUGUGACUUGAUAAAGCACAAUGCAUACUUAGUAGUUUGGAACAAAGUUUUUGUUCACUUUGAUGACAUACAUCGAUUUCACAAGUACUAAUCCCGGCAGUUGAGCUUAUUGGAAUAGUCUGUCAGAGACGAGAACAGUGAUUGAUGAGUUCAACGGCAGCUUAUCCCGCGAGGAAACUCCUUUGAGUACGAUUGAAUAAUACAUAGCGGCGCGCAAAUGAAAUUCCCGAUAUUUGACUUCUAAGCUCUACCUCUCGAACGAAAGCCCGGCGGCUAAACUUCUACUGCCUGCGAAAUUACGAUUGCUCGGAGUUGCGAGUAUACCGAACUCGGUUCUCAAAUUUAGGCGAAAAGAGACGGAUUCUCUUUUGCGUCUGGAACGUCUAUCGAGUCUUCCCGAAAAGGGUUCCAUAGAAUCAGUCUGCCAAACAAGGGUAGGCCGUUUUCGCUAAUCAACUAACGUCAUAAAAUACUAAUGAUUCAUACGUGACGAUCACGCAUUUACAAACGUUUUGUAGAUGACGGGGGGAAUAAAUUUUGCAACAGCAUCCAUACUUGACACUAUACCUUAGAAAGGUAGCAAUUAUUGCACAUACGUUCGUAUUUACGGAAUUAUGCGUUUACGCAUUGUAAACACUAUUCAGAGCGAUUCAGCUAAUGUUGGCAAUUGUUUGCCGAAUUGAAAUGUAAGAUUGACGGGGUCUUUCUUCUUACAAUGCGUGUUGACAUUAGUUGUAAAAUCCUACUAUUGUCAACAAAACUGCAGUUCUCCUUUUCUUUCUUAAAAUUGAAAUUAUUAAAAAACGUUAAAAAUAAUCGUUUUUUAAAGCCAAAAAUAUCUUAAAGUAAUAAUUAAAAAAUUAUAUGCACUUAAUAAUUGAUUUGAAAUUUGCGUUCCGACAUGCUUAAAUAUAUAUCUUGUAUUUUUUUAGUUUUGUUUUGCAAGCAUGUAUAAUGUCAUAACAACAGAAGUACGAGUUUAUCGCCGUAUCAGCCAUUGAAAAACGUUCAUCCUUAGUCGAUGCACGCGCGCCCGGCACGCAAGCACGUAUAUUAAAUGCGUUUCUAGUGUACGUCGAAUCAAAAUCAAAUCGAGCUUAGUACGUGAUCGGAUGGCUGCGGAGCCAAACAGACGACGGGAAUCCUUUACUGAUCGAGGCAACGAUGGUUUCCCCUAACUCGCCCCGCAGUUUCUCAACUGUAAUUUCAACUCGAUAGUUGCCACGGUAUUACGGAAUUGCGCGUAGCUCCCUAACUCCAUUAAUCAUUACGGCUCCGGGAUCGACCAAAGAUCGUUUUUGAGAGGUCCAUAUAUAUAUAUGUUGUAGAACAUUACAAUAAUCAAGUUAAAAUUUAUAUAAAGAUUUUUAUGUGAAAGUUCUGAAUAUCAUGUAGAACUUUUAUUUUAAAUGUAUAUUUAUACACUGAAAAAAAUUGACUAAAUUGAAAUAAAUAUUUUUUCAAACAGUACCAAGUAGAAGUUUUGUAAAAAGUAAGUGAUAUUUAUUUCAAAUAAGAUAAUAUUCUCUAUAAUUUGACAAAUGUAUUAUACAUAGGGUCGGUUGCCAUAUUAAAAAUUUUUUAACUAGAACUUACGGCCUAAAACCCCAGACAUUUCUGUUGCAACUCUAGACAUAUAAUACGAGAAUACGUUAAUUACACAUAAAAAUUAUAAAAUCAUACGAUAGUCUGCAUCCAACUGUAAUUUGCCGUACCAAUGCUUUAAAUGUGAUACUAAACACGAACUAGCUAAAUGCAGAUAUCUGCCGCAUAUACAAUUAGAGAAGUCAAAACUAUUUUGCGUCAAUUGUAAUAGCUACAGCCACCCUGUCUCGUAUAGAGACUGCCCUCAAAUAAUUGAGAAUAAAAACAGAAUUAAGAACAUAAGCACUAACGCCAA